AUGCCCACGGACACCCAAAACAACAGAGCAGUUACGAGUAACUGGGUAGAAGACCGGAUAGAAUGUCCAAAGACCGGUACCUUUUACUUUCCUCCUAAAGAUAAGGAUGAUUAUGACAAAAUGAAACCCGAAUCAAGACAGCCCGACUUCAGACAAAAUAAACUCAAUAGCACACAGGGUAAUGUGACGGAGUGGGGUUUAAGAAAGCGUUACGAAUACGAGUGGCGCUGCACAGACGUGUCCGACUACAUAUCGACCAUACAUUCAGACACGUUUGUACCUCCACAAUCUCAUCAAUAUUUACAACCGAAUGAAAGGAGGGGCAGAAAUGCGUUAGUACUUGUCACGUUACUAAAAGAAUGUGUUUAG